AUGCCCCGCCACGGAAGUCUGCAACCGCUGUGUGGUUGUUGGUAUCUGGCAACCACAACGCGCCAAUACAUCCCUCAAGUCGACCUCAAAGCCCAUUCAACCAUACUAUCAGCUUCUUCCAGGACAAUCUUAACCCAGACUUUCAUCAACCCCACAUCAAGAGACCUAGGAGAUGUCAAGUACACCUUUCCUUUGCACGAUGGCGUCAGCAUUGUGGGUUUUAAGUGCGAAAUUGACAAUCGAGUCAUUCGUGGGAUCGUGAAAGAACGGGGGAAGGCUAAAAUUGAAUACCAGCAGGCUGUCCAGAAGGGCCAGGCUGCAGCUCUGCUUGAGCAGUCCGCCUUGGCAUCUGAUACUUUCACAACCAGCAUAGGAAAAAUCCCCGUCGGUUCCAAAGCAGUUGUGGAGAUUAUAUAUCUAGGCGAGUUACAACACGAUGCCCAAUCGGAUGGCGUCCGUUUCAGCAUUCCCAGCGUCAUCUGUCCUCGCUACGCAAAUUCUUCUGUCGACACUCACGAAUUGAGUCAAUCCUUAGCGACCCUUGUACAGAGAGGUGCCAUCAACAUCACUGUGGAUGUUUCAGUGGACAAAGGAUCUAGCAUCCGCGGUUUACAAUCACCAAGUCACCCCAUCGCAAUCACACUAGGCCGGACGUCAGUUGCUGCUCAAGACGUAUUUGAAGCUAAUCUCGCUUCUGCGACCCUAACGAUGCAGCAAGGAAAUUUGUUUUUUGAUGAAGACUUUGUGUUGGUUGUCAAUGCAAAAGAUCAGGAUGUGCCGAGCGCUUUUGUGGAAACCCACCCAACUAUUCCCAACCAGCGAGCUAUAAUGGCAACGCUUGUUCCCAAGUUCAACAUACCAAACAAUAACCCAGAAAUCGUUUUCAUCAUCGAUCGAAGUGGUAGCAUGGGGGGGAAGAUUCAGACACUUCAGACAGCAUUGAGGGUUUUCCUCAAAUCCCUACCAGUUGGUGUCAAGUUUAAUAUUUGCUCGUUUGGCUCCUCCCAUUCAUUCAUGUGGAAGAAAAGUCAAGCAUACGAUGCUUCCUCCCUAAAGGCUGCACUUAAAUAUGUGGAUUCGGUGUCUGCGAAUCUUGGAGGAACAGAAAUUCUUGGCCCUGUACGGACGCAGCGGUGGAAAGGCGUCUCAAAGACCUGGAUUUGGACAUGA